UGUUUUUUCUCCACAUUGAACAACUGCAUAUUCCCAUUUUCCAGAAAUUCGAAAACCCCAGAUCUCCCAAUCUUCUUCCGCGCUAUUCAUUUCAGCCACUGCUGCCGCAGGUGAAAGCGUUUGGAUUCCGCAUUAAUUACGUGGUAUCCUCUAUUAUCCCGGUAGAUCGGCGAUCCGGUUAGAAAUGAGUAACGGCGACCUUCUCCAAAUCGAACCGCUGGAACUUCAAUUCCCAUUCGAGUUGAAGAAACAGAUCUCAUGUUCCAUGCGAAUGUCCAAUAAAACGGAUAACUUCGUGGCUUUCAAGGUGAAAACUACAAAUCCAAAGAAGUAUUGUGUGAGGCCAAACACUGGAGUUGUGUCUCCGCACUCUACUUGUGAUGUUAUAGUUACGAUGCAAGCCCAAAAGGAAGCUCCUCUGGACAUGCAAUGCAGGGAUAAAUUUCUCCUCCAGAGUGUAGUUGUGAGCCCUGGAUCUUCUGCAAAGGAUAUUACUGCUGAAAUGUUCAGCAAAGCCUCAGGGAAUCAGGUUGAUGAAUGCAAGUUGAAGGUUACCUAUGUUCCACCCCCUCAACCACCUUCACCUGUGCGAGAGGGCUCAGAGGAAGGGUCCUCGCCUAGGGCCUCAGUGUCAGACAAUGGGACUACACUGAAUCAAGCUUCUGAUUUCAACAAUAUGUCUAAAGGGGCUUUUGAGCAACAGGAGAUCUCAUCAGAGGCUAAGGCGCUGAUUUCAAGGCUGACUGAGGAGAAACGCUCUGCUAUUCAGCAAAACAGCAAGUUUCAGCAAGAACUGGAAAUAUUGAGGCGGAAAAGCCGUGGUGGGGGCAUCCCAAUCACGUAUGUCAUCAUUGCCUGCUUGAUAGGUAUCGCAUUGGGAUACCUCUUGAAGAGAACAUAAUUAAAGGAGUCUGUUCUGUUGCUGUGCUGGUGCCAAGGCAGCUGCUUGCUCGUUCAAAUAUAUAGAGGAUUUGAAGUGCUGCGUUGCAUUGCAGUGCAUUGUGUUCAAUUAGCCGUCCGUUUCUGUAGAAAAGAUGCCUAAAUUGGUUUGGUGGUUUUUUGUAAUAUGCUCAAAUUGCAUUCUUUGUCUAUCUGUGGUAGUUGCUUCACAUAUCUACUUUUGAUCAUGUAACUUAAGCACAUUUUUUUAAUACAUCUCAUUUCAUUAUCAUAA